AAGUUCGUUAAAAUUGGACACAUUUGGAAUUUGGUUGUGUUCGAAACAUGUCUGCGUCAACAAAGAAAUCUUUAGAGGCCAUUUUUAAAGGUCCGAGUGACGAUGAGGAAUUUAAUGGUUUUGGAAGUGCCUCUUCGGAACAGUUCUCUGAGGAGAGUCGAGAUAGCCUCCGCUCACAGUCUUCCUGGAAGCCGGAUCAUCGCUUUAGAUCGAAGUUCAUUACAGAUGAGCUGGCUCAGCUCUUUAUGGAAACAGACAGCGAAGAAGAGUUUGAGGGAUUCAGUAAGGAGGACAGCUCUGCACAUAGCACUUGGAUGAACCAUACAGCUUUGGAGUCAGAGAACGACAGUGAUGACAUCGGCUUCUAUUCUGAUGACGAUAAUCCAGCUCCACAAAAGAAGCGGAGUUCAGGAUUGUGUGUCGCGUUCAGGUUUCCUGCCAGAAAAAGUUCUGCCCAUGAAAGCCAAGUGCCAACAAAGUCUUCUAAUCUUAACAAGGCUAGGGUGUUGCCAGUCAGAAAUCAGCCUUUGGGAAGAAGCGGUAAAAGGAGGGGAGGACUUGCAGAUGAUCCUGUUGUGUUGAAAAAUAGGAAAAUCGAGAAAAGCUCAGAUGUGGCUGGUGUUGAGUCGGUAGAAGAGGAUUCAACUGAGACAGCUGUGCAAGUACUAAGCCAAAGGGCCAAGAAUAUUCAGGAAAAUAAAGCUAUGCUUGCAAAGUUAUUUGCAGACCUGAGUGCACUACCUGAACUCUCCCCAAAGACUACACCCAUAAAGAAGAAAAAGCAACAAACUCCAAGACAGCGUGUGUCUGAAGUGCAGAGCGAGAGGAGGAACCCGAGCCGAAAGGCCAGACCCCCUGAGCAUUUCGGUCUGGAGCAGGAGCCAGUUAAUGCCUCUCAACCAAGAAAGAGUGUGGAAAUAGACCUAAAUAAACUGCUGGAGGUUGAUGAGGACUUGCGAGGAAACAUGCACUCUCCAAAAAGGAAGUACAGAAAGCGCAGUUCUGUGCGAAUGCCUGAGGACAUUAUAGAGGAGGAGCUGGACAAUGUGGCUGACCGUGCUAAAGACAAAAUUCUGGAUAAAGAAAAUGGCAGUACAUGUCACCAGUGCAGACAGAAGACUCUAGACACCAAGACAGAGUGCAGGAACCCAUACUGUCAGGGGGUCAAAGGGCAGUUCUGUGGACCCUGCUUACGUAACCGCUAUGGAGAGGACGUCCGUACGGCCCUACUAGACCCUACAUGGGAGUGUCCUCUCUGUCGGGGAAUUUGCAACUGCAGCCUGUGUCGCAAACGAGACGGACGAUGUGCUACCGGUGCCCUUACCCACCUAGCCAAACAUUACGGCUUUGACAGUGUAAAGGAAUACUUGGAGAGUCUACAGAAGAAUCUAGAUUUAAGUCCGGUUUGUGAGUAGAGGAACUGAUCACAUGAUGUCAUUCUCAAGAGCGAUAAGAUAAAAGCCCCCCUAUUUUUGUGUUACAUGUUGUUUCAAACAUUUAUCACACUUGCUCUGUAUUUUAAUUUGCACAUAUAUUUGUUGAUUUUAUAUGACAGUCUACAGAUAAACAACAGAUCAAUAUCUAUGUAUAUUUUACUAAUUACAAAGCUGAUCUGAGCUGAUCUUUUAUCGAUUCACCUUAAAUUUUCAGCUAAGUGUGCAUUGCUUACUAGGCAGAAUACCUAGACAUAUGAUUUGCGCAAAUCAAUAUAUACAGAUUUAAGUCUAACAAGACCACAUAUUUGUCUGACUGAAACUUUGAAGUCUUUUUGAUUUGAGCUUCAAAGGAUUUUAAGAUUGGUUCAUGUUUUACUAUGUUUAAACUGAUUGCAGCCCUAUUUAGAUAGGAUUAUACACAUUGUACACAGGGACCUGAAGUAUCCCAUGCUUUGCUCGCCAUUGCAUUUUUGUCUGUGUUGCCAUGUUUGUUUUUUUCAACCUUCCCAACAAAAUUAGCUGGAUUGAAAUGUCUGACAUUUUAAUGCACAUUUUGUCAUGCUGAGCUCUAUGAAGACUCACUUCACUGAGUCACUUUGCAUGGCUUUUUGAUCUUCAAUUGCUGCUCAACCAUUUGAUAAACUCAGUUGUAUUCCUGUCAAAUGCAGCCUAUUAAAACGCGUUUUUAAAAUUCAAAAACUAAACUAAUUUGAAUAGGGUUUUAGAAGCAAAACUCAUUUUGCUACAGUGGUUUAGCACCAAGAUCAACCCUUACCAUUUUUUAGCACUUUUUGUUUUAAGCAGUGACACUGGAUUUGAAGUGCCUUUUAACAGCACAUUUAAAUAAUUUUAGCUGAUUGAUAAAUAGGUUUAGGUUAGGUUGAUAAAGUAUAUAUUUUUUCCUUAACGAUCAACAUAGAGGGAAUAGACUGAACAGAUAUUUGUACUGUAUUUCUCAUUUGUACUGUAAUAUGUAAAAUUUAGCAACAACCUUUUUGUUUCCUUUAUAUCUAAAAUAUUCAUUAUGAAGCAUCACUUUUACUUUGCAUCCAAAUCUGCAUGUUUGCUCUUACAUUACUUGUUUUGUAAAAUUAUAGUUGUGCUUUUAAUAAAUACCAUUAUCACA